AAACCAACGACGAUUCCAAACCAAAAAUGAAACAAAAGCGCAACAAGGCAACCAAAAUGGGCAUGGGUAGAGAAACACAGACUCAAUUCAGACAAAACCGAGCUUUCGGUACCCCUUGGAACACAAACGAUAACAUUCCGAAAAAGCCCAUUUCGGACAACAUUACCACCAAACCAAAACCUGCAGUUCCACAUAAACAACCCAAACAACCAAUUCCAGCAACACAAGUUCCCACUGAAAUCACCACUUUAACACAACCUAAUGAUAAAAAAUCACCAGAAAAUGUCAAGCCCAUAAAGAACAAGAAGAGUGACACAUUCCCACAAAAGUUGGCAGAAAAAGCAAUGUUAAAGGAAAGUGAUUCUGCAGAGGAGCCUAAAACUCCAGCAACAACUUCUCAUGGUAGAGGCAAGAGUAAAGUGCAAGCUACACCGUUUUACAGCGCAGUAAAUUGUAGCAAAUGUCGUUUUGAUAAGCUUGAGACUUCAUCUUAUUGGAUUGGACAAAUCAAAUUGGCAGAGUCUGUUGGGAAACACUUUGUUGCCUCUGGAUUCUUCAAGCUUGCUUUGAAAUCUCAGGCUGAGUCUAUUAGGAACCUUCGGAUUGAGCUUAAAAGGUAUUUGUCAAGGCAUGGGCACCUCUCCGACCACAUGAAUCAUGAUUCAUGAUGUAUUACAUGCAGGAAAAAUGAAAGUGAAAUGAGUAUAAUUAAUCUGUACUUGAAAAUAACAAAUACACAUAUAUUCAAAACUCUUACGCAUUCGGUUAUUGUACUCUUGCUUAUG